AUGAAGAGCUUUAUCGCUUCAAGCAUACUGCUCGCGGCCAGCGUUCAAGCUGCCACCAGUGGAGAAUUUACCGCUCUCAGCUUCAAUGUGGCUGGCUUGCCGUCUAUUUUGCAGUCUAAUGAUGUUGAAGGUGAUAAGGCUACCAAUGCCGGAGAAGUUGGCGCAUACUUUGCCAAGUAUGGAUAUGAUAUCAUCAACAUGCAAGAGGAUUUCAAUUAUCAUGCCUACAUCUAUGCAGCCGACGACCAUGUUUACCGGACAGCCACAUCUGGCGGGGCUGGAAUUGGAAGUGGUCUGAAUACUAUCUCCAACUAUGAUUGGAUUGAUUACACUCGCAUCAAGUGGAAUACUUGCUCUGAUGCAUCUGGUUCCGAUUGUCUGACCCCCAAGGGCGUCACAUUCAUGAGAUGGAACCCAGCCACUGGAGUCUACAUUGACUUUUACAAUCUCCACGCCGAUGCUGGAACCGAGGACGGUGACGAAACCGCCCGCAACAGCAACCUCCAGCAGGUCGCUGAUUAUAUUGACACCUGGUCGACCGGAAACGCAGUUGUGGUCAUGGGCGACACAAACAGCCGAUACACCCGCUCUGCCGACACCGCGAUUCGUGUCUUAAAGUCGCAAAAUAGCCUGAAGGAUGUCUGGGUUGAACUGGAGAUGGACAACGUCUAUCCCACCGCAGGUGCAGAUGCACUUCUAUGCGACAACCCAUCUACAAACGAGACAUGUGAAACUGUCGACAAGGCCUUGUACCGUGCAUCGGAUCUUGUCACACUAUCAGCUGCAGGCUUUCGUUAUGAUGGCAAUAACUUCCUCAACGCGGAGAGUGCCUAUCUAGGCGACGUUCUCUCUGAUCACAAUCCCAUUCUGGUCAACUUCACCUGGUCUACAUCGAGCUCCCUUCGUCAAAGUCAAUUUUCUGGCGGUCCCCAUGGCACCUGGUUCAAUGAUCUGCCCAACGUCCCAUCUUCUCCGAGCGCGUCUGUCAUCACUUUCCGGGGUGCCAGUCGGCUGGAUAGUGUGGCAGUGACGCUGACUGACGGUACCGCAUUCAGCCAUGGAGGUACGGGUGGGACUGCGGCUUCUCUCACACUUGCGUCGGGUGAGUACUGGAUUAAGACUGAGCUUUGUACCGGCACGUACAAUAACGAGACUCGGAACUUCUAUAUUAAGGCUACGACUAGUGCGGGUAACACGUUGGAAGCUGGUACUGCGACAAGUAGUUGUUCGACCUUCACGGCUGAUGAUGGGUUUGCUGUUGUUGGAUUUAUGGGUCAGGAUGGGGACGAGAUUGAUCAACUCGCUUUGAUUUAUGCGGCCUACUAA